AUGUCUGUCUUCACAAUGCAGCCAGAAGCCGAAACCAAGAUCGCGCACCAAAGUCAUCGUUCGGAUGAGAUCUUCGAGCGUAAUGCGACGACCUCACCUCUACUCCUACUACCUGCGGAACUCCGAAACAUAACCUACAUCCUCGCUAUGAGCCAUGGGGAUAUAAUAAUGGACUUCAACGACGCCGUGUACGGAACCAAGGCAGCAGACCGGAACCGGUGGCCUGACCACCAGGCGGAACCUCAAGCGGAACCUCUGCUCUUCGUCUGCCGCCAGAUUUACGCGGAAGUCGCCUUGCUACCUUACAAGCUCAACAGGUUCAAGGUCAGCGGCAAUCUCUGUUAUGACCUUUACUUCAUGCUCGACCGGCGGACUGAGAAGCAGAUUGCGCUGAUGAAGGAGGUGUGGUGGAUGUACGCUGAUGAUGACGACGAGUGGUGCCGCUCUGGUCUCGAUUGGCUGAAGUUUCUUUGCAAGUAUGACUACGACGAGGAACUCCGUAUGCGUAUGCGUGAUAGUGAGAGUGAAGAUGGGAGCGAGGUUGAGGAUGACGAUUAA